AUGAUUUCUUGUAAGUUCUUCCUUUACUUCCCAUCUUUGGGUCAUUCGUAUAUAUUCUUUCCUGUUUUUAUAUCUACUACUUUUUUUUCUGUUACUUUAUCUUCCACCACCUCUUCUCUUCCUUUAUCCUCUCUCUGUCUAUGUCUCUCUCUCUCUCUCUCUCUCUCUCUCUCUCUCUCUCUCUCUCUCUCUCUUCUUUUUCAUAGUAUAUCACCUCCCUCUUUCGAUUUCUCCUCCUCUUCUAAAAAUCUGUACUCCUCUCCUUUCGAAUUCUUUAUCCCUCCUCUCUCGCUCUCUCUCUCUCUCUCUCUCUCUCUCUCUCUCUCUCUAAUUCUGUAUCAUCUCCCUCUAACUCUUUAUCCUGUUUCAGUAGUCCUUCAUUCACUCCAUCUAAUUCUUUAUCCCCUUUCUCUAAUUCUUUAUCUUCUCUCUCUCUCUCGCUCUAAAGCUUCAACCCCUCCCUCUCAUUCUUAA